UUUCGAACUUUAGGGUUUUGCCUAGCUAUGGCGUUGUGAGGCUGGUCAUGUCGACGCUAUCACUUCGUUGCAGCGUGUUCUCGGAGCCAUCGUCUUCCUCCACUCGCCAAAAGAGGGCUAUUUCUUGUGCGUCUUGUUCCAGCUCCGAGAAUUCGCGAUGCAGGGAUAGACGAAGCACGAAAUGUAGGCUUGGAGGGCGUGUAGGAGUAGGAUUUAGAGCUGGGAAAGGCGUAGGCGAGCAGCGAUGGCUUUUUGCGGGGAGAAGAAUUAAAGCGAGGCCGCUGCUUUGUCGAAAUUCUUACCAAAGUAGCAGGACUGCGGCGACCCCAUCGGAUUAUUAUCAAGUUCUCGGGGUCAGUAGGAACGCUAGCAAGCAGGAAAUCAAAACUUCUUAUAGGAAACUCGCUCGAGAGUUUCAUCCAGACGUAAACAAGGAGUCCAAUGCGGAAGAAAAGUUCAAGGAGAUCACUGCUGCGUACGAGGUGCUCUCGGAUGAUGAAAAAAGAGCCAUUUACGAUCAAUUUGGUGAAGAUGGUCUAAAGGGAGGAGGUCCAACUUUCACGGAUAGUCCAUUCGAUAUUUUUGACUCGUUUUUUGGAGGUCGAAGCGGAUUUGGAAGGCGCAGAGGCACUGAUAAUUGGUCUGGAGUUCAAGGAAACGAUCUCAGCUACGAUCUGAGCCUUGACUUCAAAGAAGCGGUUUUUGGAGUGGAAAAACAGUUUGACAUAUGGCAUUUGGAAAGCUGCGAGGCAUGUAGCGGAACUGGCGCCAGAAGUAAGAGCAGAAAGAAAUGCCGAGUCUGUGGAGGAAUGGGUGAAGUUAUGCGAACACAAGAAACAGCCUUUGGGAUGUUCUCACAGGUGUCUACUUGUACAAACUGUGGUGGCGAGGGUGAAGUGAUUUCCGAUCACUGCAGAAAAUGUGGAGGCAAAGGAGGUAUUCGAGCGAAAAAAACGAUCAAACUAAGUGUUCCAUGUGGAGUUGACAGCGGGAGCACUCUCCGUGUUGCUGGUGGAGGAGAUGCUGGAGAAAGAGGUGGUCCAUCUGGGGAUCUCUACGUCAAUCUUAAAAUCAGAGACAUGCCUGGAAUUCGAAGAGACGGCAUCAAUCUUUACUCCGAGAUCUCUGUGAGCUAUACGGAAUGUAUACUCGGGACAACGAAAAAGGUGAAGACGCUGGAAGGAUUCUCGGAUCUUCGUAUUCCUGCGGGAACUCAACCAGGGGCAUGUAUAACUCUUCCGAAGAUUGGUGUUCCAAGGCUUCGAAAGCCAUCACUUCGAGGGGAUCACAUUUUCUCCGUCAAAGUCUUACUUCCAACCAAAGUCAGUGCCGCUGAGAAAGAACUCGUGGAAGAACUGGCUCGUCUCGAGAAAGGCGCUCAAUCCAGGCAAAGAAAAUCCCAAAACUCCAAGAGUGAAGCUAGUACGUGGUGAUCAAACACAUGGUUUGUCUAUAAAACAUUGGCAAGUGUAAGCGUGUGUCCAUCCCCCAUGUGAAAGCCAACAGUGGAGAUUGAAUCGAGUUCUACCAUCCUAUCUGCCGAAAGAGCUGUGUAAGGAUUCCUUUGUUCGUCUGGCAAUGGCUCUGACGAAACAAUCUUGGUACUUUUGGCUACA